AUGCACGGUAGGCCUCGCAUCAUGCAAGUCGUUUUACAACGUCGGUAUUGGGUCAUUGGUGCUCGUAACCUGAUACGCAACAUAUACCACAAGUGCGUUAAAUGCACGUGUCUUAAUCGCAAUCUCGCCGUACAGUCAAUGGGGGAUCUACCCGCUUCUACGGCUACUUAUGCCCGCUGUUUCACUCGCAGUGCAGUCGAUUUCGCAGGUCCAUACCUGUAUAAAUUUACGCAUGGCCGCGGAGCCAAAGCCACCAAGGGCUACAUCUGCUCGUUUGUGUGUAUGUGCACCGGUGCUAUGCAUUUGGAAUUCGUGAGUGACCUGACUGCAUUGGCAUUCCUCAACGCUUUCAAAAGAUUCAUCAACCGUAGAGGAUACUGCAAGGUGAUGUUUUCUGACAAUGGCACGAAUUUCGUUGGCGCUGAAAAGGAGCUGCGUCACAAUUUCAAACGGUGUAUGGCUGACGAUAAACUUCGCUCGUUUUUCGUCGAUUCGAAUAUCGAGUGGCGUUUCAAUCCCCCCGCUGCACCCCAUAUGGUAGGAUACUGGGAGACGGAAAUCAAACGGAUAAAGUACCAUUUGAAACGCGUGUUGGGUAUGACCUUACUUUCCUUUGAAGAGUUCAGCACGUUACUAACCGAAGUGGAGGCCUGUGUAAAAUCCCGUCCAUUAUGCGAAAAUCCCGCAAGUGCAGGCGACCUCGAGGCACUAACUCCUGGGCACUUUAUAAUAGGUGAGCCGCUGAAAUCCGUCCCAGAACCUGAGGGUCAAGGGUUCUGUGGAAAUCUCCAUCAACGUUGGCAGGUAAUUUCUGCGAUCAGACAGCAUUUUUGGCGUCGCUGGAGGGACGAGUACCUGGUGAGCUUACAGCGUCGUUCCAAAUAG